GAGAUGGAGCUGGAGAAGGUUGAAGCUGUGGAUGCAGAAGCCGUAAAGCAUGAGCGGCUCGUGGAGGAGCACCUCACCAAGCACUUGAAGAACAAGCCAGCUGCUGCUGUCGACGAACACAUGGCGCUGCUGCAGAGCAAGCUUGACGAGAUGGAGAAGAACGAGCAGGCAACCUUGCGCACAGCCCAGCAAGAAUUCAUGGCAAAAGCUGCUGCGAAUCG